GCGGAGGUGACUUCAGCCUGGGCUUCAGCGGCGCUUUGAGCCUCCGGGGUGGAGGCUGCUGCGGGCGGCCGCGGCCGGGGGAAGCGAGCCGAGAGGCCGGACUCUCCUCCAGCGCCGAAGGCGGGCUGGCGGCGGAUCGGCCGCGCGCCGGGGCCAUGCCGCGCUCUUUCCUGGUGGACUCCCUAGUGCUGCGCGAAGCGAGCGAGAAGAAGGCUCCGGAGGGCAGCCCGCCGCCGCUCUUCCCCUACGCGGUGCCCCCGCCGCACGCGCUGCACGGUCUCUCGCCAGGCGCCUGCCACGCGCGCAAGGCCGGGUUGCUGUGCGUGUGCCCUCUCUGCGUCACCGCCUCGCAGCUGCACGGGCCCCCGGGGCCGCCGGCGCUGCCGUUGCUCAAGGCUUCCUUCCCACCCUUCGGAUCACAGUACUGCCACGCGCCGCUGGGCCGCCAGCACUCGGCGGUGUCUCCCGGAGUCGCCCACAGCCCGGCCGCAGCCGCAGCUGCCGCCGCGCUCUACCAGACCUCCUAUCCGCUGCCGGACCCCAGGCAGUUUCACUGCAUCUCUGUGGAUAGCGGCUCCAACCAGCUGCCCAGCAGCAAGAGGAUGAGAACCGCGUUUACAAGCACGCAGCUGCUCGAGCUGGAGCGGGAGUUCGCCUCCAAUAUGUACCUGUCCCGCCUCCGCCGCAUCGAGAUCGCGACUUACCUGAAUCUUUCCGAGAAGCAGGUGAAAAUCUGGUUUCAGAACCGCCGAGUGAAACACAAGAAAGAGGGCAAGGGUAACAAUCACCGCGGUGGCGGCGGCGGCGGCGGUGCGGGUGCGGGAGCCGGCGGGGCUGCACCGCAAGGCUGCAAGUGUUCGUCGCUCUCCUCAGCCAAGUGCUCGGAGGAUGACGACGAAUUGCCCAUGUCUCCGUCCUCCUCGGGGAAGGAUGACAGGGAUCUCACAGUCACUCCGUAGGUGCGCGUUUCAGAGGACCACUGGCCCCUCGACCUUCCCGCGUCUCAAAGACUGGCUGCCAGACACCCGCUGCCAAAGGACUGCCUUGCACGAUUUGGUACGGCUUUGUGGUGGUACCCAGCUCUGGCUCUACAGAGACUUGAAGACAGUGCCCCUGUCCCCUAGGUGUCCAGGUGUCAGGGGUGUCCAGGAGAAGUCUAAACAGUGAACCGGAAUGCGUUGGGGCCUCCUUCCUAGGGCACCACAGCCCUGGAGGCACGCAGACCCGGCCCCAGCGCCUUGCUGGCCGCCAGCGCCUCCCCGCCUGCUCUCUCUGGGCAGGCUCAGGAUUCCUUGCCCCCUCCACCCUCCUCCACCUCGGUCAAGCUGGCCUUUCACUUCGCGGGUGGCUAUUGGCUCCUCGUUAAAUUUUUUUUUUCUUUUGUCCUCAGCUUUUCCUCUCAGUGGUCGUUUA